AUGUUCGCGCAGACCAAAGGCGAAAGCUCCUGCUCCAAUUGCCGCGCCAAGAAGGUCCGUUGUGACCGAAUCAGGCCAAAAUGUUCAUCCUGUAGGAAAAGUGGCCUAGAAUGCCUCGCCCCAGAGCCCCGACCCCGCAUACUGUGGAUGAGGCCAAAGACGGCAGAGGCAUUCAAGCGAGGCGACGUCCACGAGGAGACUGAGACAUAUGCCAGACGUCGGCCGUUAUUCAAAGCCAACCAGCAAGCUCAAAAUGCGGCUGACCUUCUUGAACUCGUUUCACAAGCACCAAUUGAAGUGAUGCUGGAGUCUAUCGACCGAAAAGAAGCAGCUGUGGAACUGGGUGGGGUUAUUCGCAACGGGCCUUUUCAAAUGUUCAGGGGCCGUACAUUGGGAUCAUCAAACUCGAUAGACUUCAUUCAGGAUGAUCAAUCAAGUCCUAUUCAUAUGGAAUCGUGGAGUACUCCGGUCCCUGAUCUUGAUGAAAUUGAUAGGUAUAUACUCCAAACGAGCACGGAUAGAACACACUCGCCAACGGCAACACCACAAGAAGUUGGAUUGCAAUUUCAAACCGUCAUCAAUGAUAGUCUUCCCCUCGACAAAGGAUCGUCAGGCAUCAGCUCCGACUUUCCAUCAUUUAUACCAAGUCAUAUACCGCCAGAAAUAUCGCCGGAAUGCGCGACAGACCUCAAAGAUAUUGACAUGUCCACAGUAAAAUUGCUCCUGGAUUAUUAUCAAAACACAUUAGUUCCACGUCUCACCCCUGCAGAAGUUCCAUACAAAAGCCCCUGGAAAACUCUAUACAUUCCGAACAUUCUCAGUGCUGUCGGGGACGUCGUAUUAAGUGGCAAUGGAAGCAACGCGAAAAUGUCCCUCAUGUUCGCUGCUCUUGCUAUUAGUGCCUUCAACCUCGAUGGCCUUGAUAGAUCUACAGGUGAUGAAAGUGCAAUUCAAGCAAGAGAUUGGCGUAAACUAGGUCGAAUAUAUCGAGAAAGAGCAACCAAGAGACUGAAGUCUUCAUUGCUCGUACUUUCGACCGUACAGACAAAGAAAGAGAAGUACAAGGAUAUCCUCAUGUCAAUGUUGAGCAUGAUUACCAUUUGCGUGGUCAGUGGCGACAUGGAAAAUGCGGCACAUUACUUGCGUGAUCUCGGUCAAUACAUCAGUAUUUAUGGCAUGCCAAAGCUGUUCAAGUCUCGCAAAGUCCAAAUGCUGCAUAGUAUUUAUCUUUACCUAUGCAUAUUAACCAGGUGCCCUGAUACUCAAGCGCAAGGGUUUGCCAUUAUGUCGACCCAUGGACCCAACCAGGACGUAGCACUGUCAUCUCAACAACCUCCGACAUGGGAUAUACUGGUGCAGUGCUCACCGGAUGAGCAAUUGAAUGACCAAGUGCUAGCAGCCGAAAUGUUAUACUUUCCGAAAUCUAUCUUUGAACAGAUAUAUUCAAUCCCUGAAUCGUUGUUCAAACUAAUCCUGCAAACGACGCAGCUGGCGGGUGAAGUCGCAAAGAUAUCCUCUCGCGACAAAUUAAUACUGGGUGGCGAUGAGUUGCUGGCAAGCAAGAUAAAAGACCUCGAAGGCAAAAUCUGCAGCUGGGAUUACAAUGACGUUGUCGGUGUGCAACCAAUUCAUCGACCUCCCAAGGAGCAAUUCCCACAUCAUUUCGUACAAGCGAUGUAUGCGGCUCUGAUGAUAUAUUUCUAUCGAGGUGUUAGAGACUUGCAUAUUGCUGCAGUACAGCCAUACGUUGAGCAAACCAUUUAUCAUCUUAUGGAAUUUGACAAAAUGAAAGAACCGUAUAAUGACAGGUCGUCGAAUACUUGUUGGCCUGGGUUUAUUGCGGGAUGUGAAGCCACUCAAAUCAAGACACGGAAUCAAAUUGAUGCCUGGAUGGAACGCUCCGCGCAAGAUAGCGGUUUCCGUAUGUUUUCAGUUGCUCGUCGUGCGAUACAGAAAGUAUGGAAUGCGAGGAGUCAGUCGAGGAAUCAGAAUCUUUCUUGGAAUGGUAUUCUGAAAGACUGUAGUGACUUGAGGGUCCUAGUAUUGACAUAA